CGUCCUUCCUCGUCGCAGGAGGAUCUGCAGCCUUCCCCACACGCGGCCCCGAGCUCACAGUCUCCGCAGGAAGGGGCGGGACCUGCCGGCUGGCUUUGCUGGGGCCCCGCGUUGCCAUAGCGACCCCGGCCCGGCUUGGGACGCCGGAACGCGCGCUGCGGACGACGAUUGAGGUUGGAGGCUGCGGGCGGCGACUCCACCGCUCUCGGCCUAGGACUCCAGAUGCAGGAUCCGCCCCGCAGGAGAGCGCAGCACCCUCUGGCCCACAGAAGCAGCCAACAUGCCUAUCUCCAAGUGCCCGCCAAAGUCAGAGCCCCUGUGGAAGGCGUGGGACCAGAAGGCCCAGAAGAACGGACUGAGGCACCAGGUGUUCGCUGUCAAUGGUGAUCACUAUGUGGGCAAGUGGAAGGACAACAUGAAACACGGGAAAGGAACACAGGUCUGGAGGAAGAACGGAGCCAUCUAUGAGGGGGACUGGAAAUUUGGGAAGAGAGAUGGCUAUGGCACCCUCAGCCUUUCUGACCAAGAGACCGGAAAGUACAGGAGAGUCUACUCAGGCUGGUGGAAGGGCGAUAAGAAAUGUGGCUAUGGGAUCCAGUUUUUCGGACCCAAGGAGUAUUAUGAGGGUGACUGGUGUGGCAACCAGCGCAGCGGAUGGGGCCGCAUGUACUACAGCAACGGAGACAUCUACGAGGGCCAGUGGUGCAACGACAAGCCAGAAGGGGAGGGCAUGUUACGCCUGAAGAACGGGAACCGCUACGAAGGCAACUGGCAGAGAGGCAUGAAGAAUGGGUCGGGGCGCUUCUUCCACCUGGACCAUGGUCAGCUGUUUGAAGGCCUCUGGGUUGACAACAUAGCCAAGUGUGGCACAAUGAUUGACUCUGGCCGUGAUGAGGCCCCCAAGCCCACCCAGUUCCCCAUUCCUGAGGUCAAAAUUCUAGAUCCUGACGGCGUGUUGGCGGAAGCUUUGGCCACGUUCAAGAAGACAGAGGAAGAAGGAGAUUGAUGCCAGGUGAGAGGUGGGCACACCUGCCACCCUCUGAUGUGGUCCAGGCAGCUCCUGGGGUCUCCUCUGGCCUAGGGGCUCAGGGGCUUGACCAGAGAGGGUGAGUUUCUUGCCUCCUGCAGUCCUGCUGGUCGUUGCUUCUUCCCCUUCAAAACUCUUUUCCCUGCAGAAGUCCUGCCAAAUCCUCCCAUUUGCACCCUGGGCUUAAUCGGAUUGGAGUCAGGUGGUCUGCUCGCCCUGGAGGGCCCCGGGCCUCCACUUGCCUAUCUGUCUUGUGGGGCCUUGUUCAGUGCUACCCCUCCUGGUGUUGGUAUAAGUGGGGUCGAGGAGAGAGCACUGAUACAGCAUAUUGGAGACGCCAGCCCCACCCACCCCCACCCCCCACCCCACGCCUUGCCCCUGCAGAAAGAACACCAGCGCUUCAGGAGGAAUUCAAACCGGAGUGACCCAACUGCUCGGACCGGUGCGGCUCCCACUGGUGGAGCAAGGGGGGACUUGGGCACACCCUCAGCACCCUCAGAAGGCACCUUACUCCUUGCAGCACUGGAUCAUUCCUUACCAGUAGGAGGCCAGUGCUUCUCUCCCCUGCUGGCCUUGGGGACGCCUUUAUUCUUGGACCCCAUCCCUGAGCAACCCAGAAUAAAGGAGAGCCUGGCAGCGUGAGCCCGGGGCCUGUGGUGGGUGGCCGGGGUGCGAGGGAGCCUCAGGAGGGAUUUCAGGUAGAGAAGAGGGGUCCCCAUGGGUUGCAUGAAUUUACCUUGGGGCAGAAAGGGGCAGUGCCUCCAGGUCUCUGAUCUCCGAGAUAUUCCGAGGAGAAGAUAGAGCCUGCAUCUGGUUACAUUGGUCACUAAGAUUUGGCAUUAAAAUGUGACGUGGCUUCUCAGCCUUAACACAGGGGCUCCCAACCUUGGAAUCCUGUGGGAGAUUUAAAAGCUAGGAAUGUCCGGAUCCCAUGCCCAGAGAUUCUCAUCUGUCUGGGGUGAGGCCUGGGCCUUCAAAAAGCUCCCCAGCUGACUCUAAUGUGCAGCUGGGGCAGAGAACCUCUGACUUACUGGCUUUGGGAUCCUAAGUAAGUGACCUCAGUUGCCCCAUCUGUAAAAUGGGACUUCAGAGAUCUCACAGAGGUGUUUUGAGGAUUUGCUAGCAGAUGUAAAAAUAACAAAUAACACGUAUUAAGGUUAGUUGUAAAGCAGAUUUCUGGGAAGGGCUUUGCAUAAUUCUAGACAAAAUUCCUGCAAGAUAAGAGGAACUCUUACAUAAUGGGUAGGAACAGGAGUUCUGCAGUGACUCCUUGAGUGUGAAUCCCAGCACUGACUUAUUAGCUGUGUGUUCUUGUGUACGUCACUCAACCUCUCUGUGCUUCAAGUUUCCUCUCCUCUAAUAUGGGACAAUAACAGUACUUACCGCCAGGGGUUACUGUGGUUACUGGAAGAAUGAAAUAAGGUGUGGUUCUAACCUGAGGGAGGGUGGUUUUGUCCCCUUUCCUUCCCCGGGAACAUCUGGCAAAGUCUGGAGACAUUUUUGGUUGUCACAACUGGCAGGGAAGAAUUCUACUGGCACCCAGUGGGUAGAGGUUGUGAUCCUGCUAAACAUGUUAUGAUGUAAACACUCUACAGAAGAAUUAUUCAACCCAACUUCAAUGGUGUAAUACCAUGAAAUAACCCUGAAAUACCACGAUGUUCAUAAAGCCCUCAGCAAGUACCCGGCAUGUAGUAAAGCGUUCACUGAUGCUGAAGUUCUCUCUGCCGUCUAAACCCCAAGCAGGUGGCCCGACCCACGGCAUGGUUCUCAGUUGGUACCUCUGAAGCCGGGAAGCUGAGCCUGGCUGCCUCUGGACACAUAACUAACCAGACACAGAGCCACUCAGUGCUAGGCCCAGCACUGAGAGCUUUACACGGGUGCUCUCCCAUGACCCCUCAACAACCUAUGAGGUGUCCUGCUAUUAUUCAUGUCAUUUUAGAGGAGGAAACUGAGGUUCAGGGAGACUCACAAGUCACCAAACUAGAAAGUGACUGUGCUUAAACUUAGGCCUGUCUGCUCUUAAGGUGAGAACGGUGGUGGUGCGUAUAGAAAACUACCAUUUUUUCAGAAAAGGUAGGAUGUGUACUUGUUUAUGUAUAAAAUCUCUAGAUGGGAACAAAAUAAACUGGCAACAAUGGUUGUCUCUGGGGAGAAUUGGGAACCUGGGAACAGGGGAGGGACAGCAAUUUUUCACUGCUGUGUUUGGAACCUAUGAAUGUAUUAUCUAUUCAAAACAUAAAAUUGAAAUUAAAGACUGUGUUCUUAA